AAAGAGGCAGAGUGGGGACAAAGAGCAGAUACUUUUCGAUCUGAGCAGGCAGAUAGCCAAUAUAUACAAACUGUGGAACUUCAGCAGUAGCAGCUUGCAACGGAGAACAGCAACAUGCAAAGUUCACUGAUUCUACUGCAGUCGAAUCAUUCUCUGAGCAAGAGAGAAUACCGCCACAAACAGGAAGGGAUGCCAGCCAACAUGAACAAGCAGAGCUUCAUUAAAGGGUUGAAGAACCGGUGCUCCCAUCUCCUCCGGCACCCAAAGGCAACCACUGAAACUUCUCAACUCGUGAAGGUCAAACCAAGAGGACCUAAGCUCCUUCUAAAUCCCACCCGUGAGGAAGCAUUGAAAUGGGCUGAAUCUCUGGAUGACCUUCUGAGCCACAAAUACGGCCUGAUUGCCUUCAAAAAUUUCCUGAAAUCAGAGUACAAUGAUGAGAACAUCGACUUCUGGCUAGCUUGUGAAGAUUACAAGAAGAUCAUUUCGCCCACCAAACGGGCCGCCAAAGCAAAGAAGAUCUUCUCUGAUUUUGUUGAACCAAUGUCUCCUAAAGAGUUGAAUUUGGAUUUCUACACCAAAGAUAAGAUCACCCAAGACCUUCAACAUGCAAGCUGCUCCUGCUUUGAGGCUGCACAGAAGAAGGUCUACGCCUUGAUGGAGAAUAACUGCUACGCAAGGUUUCUUCAGUCUGAUCUCUAUCAGAACAUACUCAACAACUCUCAAGAUCAUCAGCAAACAUGAAUGCGGUUAUACUUCUAAUGUAAACCAGAAGAUGAUCUCUUGUCGAGAUGUGGUUAGUUUUCUUGACUGUGUAUCAAGGACGAGGUCAAAAAGGAGGGUAGAGGAUGCUGGAAGCUGAUAGCUGGUGGGAGGUGGAAAACGAGAGCCCACCACGAGGACCCAGAAAGGACCAAGGGAGGUUCAAUGAAGCCUUGUCAAAAGGUGGAGAGAGAAGAGUGGUCAUGUACUCUUGUGGGGUGCAGGCUCGGAGCUCUUGCAAUGGGUGAGGCUCACCGUGUUGCCACCAACCCGAGCCAAGUCAUCCAUCUGGAGGUAAAAGGUCCAGCACAACCGAAGGAGCGGUGGAAGUGUGGAAGUCCACAGGUCUGCCCUGCCCUGCCCUGCCUGCCCCUUAAGAAGCAAGCCGGGGAGAAUGGGGGGAGAAGAUAGGGAGGAGAAAGGUGCAUGUUGUGUUUAGACUGUGCCUGGACUGGGAAAGUGUGUGAACCCAAUGACAAUGGCGUUCAUUCAUCGGUGCUUAGGAUCUAUGUAAUUAUGUAUGUGUGUGGGUCAUUUCUCAAUCUUACUAUGUAUUUAUCGAGCACUGUUGAGAGCAAAAUCCGCAUCUCAAUAAGAUUGGAGUUGGUGCUCCUGACUGCCUAGUUGGGAUGUCUGAUCUAAAACAACCACCCAAGUCCCUGUUCCUUCAGUUUUUCACUGUCAAUGCGAAAUACUAUGGGGAAAGAGAAGGGACUAUCCGCUCCAAGAUCUCACUGUUAAUUAACCCUGUGAAAUGCAAGGCAGCGGACUGCUUAAGGUCUGAAUUAUUUGUACUACUAGAGUUUGCUUGGCCCAUCACAUCAUGAGCUGGAGAUGAUCCAAGCUGAUUGAAGGAGCUUGUAAGGGCUUCGGUCGUUGCAGUUCACUGAAACGGUGAGCUUUGAACAACGAGCCAUCAGAUCGAGUACUUCAAAGCUUUGCCACAAAAUGCAACAUGUCCUGCCUUGCAGACAUCACCUCUUCACACUGAAUCAAACCAAGAGUUUUAAUAAGGGCUGAAAUAAAACAUAUAUUUAGAGGUAUGAUUUUUGUAGAUGGUGCAGAUAAUAUUGUUGUAUUGGAUGUGAACAUCUAUUUUCCAAUCUGUGGUGAUUCAAUGAUUGUGCAAUUCUGAUUGUAGUUUCAUAAAUAAAGUCAUUCAAAUCCAG